AUGGUUGUACAACCUAAGAAUCCCAAUGAUAUAUGCCUCAGCUUGGAUUUACGAACACUGAAUAAAUCCAUGUUACGAACUCGCCAAGUCCAAGCACCCAUUGCAGAAGAUUUUAUUACAGCGUUUAAGGAUUGCCGCAUAUUCAACAAGUUGGACCUCAACCAUGGAUACCACCAGUUUGUCAUUGAUCCCCAGUCCAGACAAGCCAUGACAUUCUCAACGCCAUGGGGAAAUUACCGAUACAAACGUCUUGCGUUCGGGGGAGUCAACAGUCAAGACCUAUUUGAUGGCGAGAUGGCAAAGAUCCUAUCGGGUAUUCCCAGAACACUGAACAAUCGUGAUGAUAUUAUCAUUGGAGGUGUAGAUCUUGCUGACCACGACAAGAACCUGAAGGUAGUGCUGGGACGACUAAAGGACUACAACCUUACGUUAAGACAAGAGAAAUGUGAAUUCCGAAAGUCAACACUUGAAUUCCAUGGCCACUUAUUCACUGCAGAAGGAUUGAAGCCGAGUGCCAGCAAGGUCCAUGCUGUCAACACCUUCCAGAAACCCAACACCAAAGAAGAAUUGGUAUCAUUUUUACAGAUGGUUGCAUACCUUUCUCGGUACAUCGAUCGAUUCUCAGGUAGAUGCGAGCCUCUAAGAAGACUGACCAAAGCCAACACCAAGUUCGAGUGGGUUUUCAGAGCAACAAAGAGCAUUUGACGACCUGAAAACAGCGCUAACAACAGCACCAGUUCUAAUUCCAUAUCAACCAGGAAGAGAAUCCUUAGUCAUUGUCGACGGUAGUCCAGAGGGCUUCGGUGGAGCCUUACUCCAAAAGACAGCAGAUGGAUUUCAACCUGUCCAUUACGUCAGCCGAACACUGACCGAUACAGAGAAACGCUAUUAUCAAAUCGAAAGGGAGGCAUUAGCAGCUGAAUUUUCCACAAAUCGACUGUAG